AUGGGGGUUCCAUCUACAACCUCCCCCUUUUCCCUAUUUCUCUAUCGAGACGUCAAAAAACUGCUUUCUGGGGGACAAAUCAAAUCGGAGGCGUGGUAUUACAUAACAGGGCAAUUCAACGUCUUUUUUCUUCAAUUCAUGAACGAAAAGAAAAGCGGUGUCUUGCGCUGGGUGACCCUUUUUGUUUUGCAUUUGCGCGCGUUUUCGGGGAAAUGGGGGAACGCAGCUGCUACGGCAUCUUGUCUCUUCACGGCUUAA